GGCUCAGGAGAUUUGGCUGCUUUCUUCUGUACAGCGCUGUGAAAAAGGUAGCUAUAGACUCCAGGGGGAAUGAAUCCCAUUCCCUUCCUAAGAGCAGCUCUUGGAGAGCAGCCAUGAAACCUGGAUGAUGGGCCCCUCUCAGGGGUGAAGGGCACACACCUCGCUCCGUGGAUGGUCUUGCCCAGGGGCCCCCGUCUUCAGGGUUUUGCUGAGUCCUGUUCGUGUGGACAUGUGUGCUUCCUCUUGAGAGGCAGCUCCAUGAGGCCGCCCGCAGGAACAACAUCGUGAGGAUGAAGGAGCUGAUCAGGAGAAGAGUCGACGUCAGGGCCAGAAACCACGUGGACAGGGUGGCUCUGCACUGGGCUGCAGGUGCAGGGCAUGAGCAAGCCGUGCGGCUGCUCCUGGAGCAUGAGGCUGCUGUGGAUGAUGAGGACGCGUUUGGGAUGAAUGCGCUUCUCCUGUCUGCCUGGUUCGGCCACUUACGGAUUCUUCAGAUCCUGGUUAACUCCGGGGCCAAGAUCCACUGUGAGAACAAGGACGGCCUAACCUUACUGCACUGCGCAGCCCAGAAAGGCCAUGUGCCGGUGCUGGUGUUCAUAAUGGAAGACCUGGAGGAUGUGGCCCUGGACCAUGCUGAUAAGCUGGGAAGGACAGCGUUUCACCGGGCUGCUGAGCAUGGGCAGCUGGAUGCUCUGGACUUCCUUGUGGGCUCUGGCUGUGACCACAGUGUCAAAGACAAGGAGGGGAACACAGCUCUUCACCUGGCUGCUGGCAGGGGCCACCUGGCUGUGUUGCAGCAACUCGUGGACAUCGGGCUGGACUUGGAGGAGAGGAAUGUGGAAGGUCUGACUGCCCUCCACGCGGCUGCUGAAGGGAUCCACCCCGACUGUGUGCAGCUCCUCCUGGCGGCUGGGAGCAGCGUGAACGCCCUCACCCAGAAAGAGCAGAGCUGCCUCCAUUAUGCAGCCCUCGGAGGCUCUGAGGACGUGGCCCGGGCCCUCAUCCACUCAGGGGGCUGCACCAACGUGGCUGAUUAUCAGGGAGCCUCUCCAAUGCACCUCGCUGUGAGGCACAACUUCCCCGCCCUGGUUCAGCUCCUCAUUGACGCUGGCAGUGACCUGGAUGCCACGGACAAAAGGCAGCAGACGCCCCUCCACCUUGCUGCGGAGCACGCUUGGCAGGACAUAGCAGAGAUGCUCCUGGUUGCAGGGGUUAACUUAAACCUGAGAGAUAAGCAGGGGAAAACUGCCCUGGCCGUGGCCGCCCGCAGCAACCACGUCGGCCUGGUGGACAUGAUCAUAAAAGCCGACCGCUUCUACAGAUGGGAGAAGGACCACCUCUCACUCAGGGACCCCAGUGAUCCCUCUGGGAAGAGUUUGACCUUCAAGCAAGACCAUCAGCAGGAAACGCAGCAGUUUCGCUCUGUGCUGUGGCGCCUGGCCUCCAGGUACCUGCGACCCAACGAGUGGAAGAAGCUUGCAUAUUGCUGGGAGUUCACUGAGGCCCACAUCCAUGCCAUCGAGCAACAGUGGACAGGCACCAAGAGCUACCAGGAGCAUGGCCACCGGAUGCUGCUCAUCUGGCUGCAUGGCGUGGCCACAGCGGGAGAGAACCCCAGCAAAGUGCUCUUCGAGGGCCUCGUAGCCAUUGGCAGGAGGGACCUGGCUGUUUGGAUAAAGCUGGAACAGCCUGCAGAGGCCUUUUUCACAAACAUAAGACAUAUGGGCCAGAACUGGCUUAAUAUGAGUGGAGCCAGUCAGAUCUCACAAUUUCCAAGGCCAUCACAACUUUUGAAUUCUAGCUAUUAAACAAAAAGAAUGAAAUAAAUGGAUUUUGUAAAUGGA